AUGGAAAGCGGAGUGCUAACGGCAACAGAAUACAACGCAUCUGUUCGCCAAUUUCACGAAGCCAUCCAAAGAGAAUACACCGCGGACGUGUGGAAAAUCGAGUCAGUUGGCAACUCACCAACACUCGAGCUUGUCUGCUACACCAGUCGCGGGGGGACAUCCACCGCGUCCUCCCCCGCGCGUCUUGAAUACCGGACUGUCUACAACGACGCGUACGCGGUUCCCGUCCUCCUUUUUCGAGGUUCCUUUCACGACGGUAGUCAAGUGCCCAUUUCCUACUUUUGGCAGUGCUUCUCCAAACGAGCUGACCGACAGAACCAGGCUCAGCAGGAAAUGUGGUCGGUCGUAAGCCAGACAGAGCACAGGCCCUCCGGGGUGCCGUACUUCAUGUUGCACCCCUGCAGGACGCGUGAACUCAUGACCACUGUCAACCCCCCUGACGUCCUUUCCUACAUCAAAUUUUGGUUAUCGUUUAUUGCUCGGUAUUUUGACAUCUACGUGCCUCCCUCAAUCACUACUUAA